UUGCUUUUUUGGAAAUAUGGAAUGACUGCAGCAGAGAUCAGAAGACUUUCUAAACUUUCAAAAGAAAGACUUUUAGAAGACUUUCUUAAGAUGCCACGUGGAAAAGGAUACCGCCGUUCCCAGGCAGCAAAGAGGAGGAAUGCUGAGCGGAUUACACUCACUUCCCCCUUGGACCUGGCAGAGGUUAAGCCUCCUCUCAAAAAAAAGGCUGAGUUCAUCGAGAGCUCAUCAAACAAUCCAGAGAUCUACCAGACUGCAGAUACUUCUUUAAACUGCUGCAUGGAUCCAAAUACUUCUCCAAACUGCCGCAAGGCUCCAAAUACUUCUCCAAACUGCCGCAAGGCUCUAAAUACUUCUCCAAACUGCCGCAAGGCUCCAAAUACUUCUCCAAACUGCCGCAAGGCUCCAAAUACUUCUCCAAUCUGCCGCAAGGCUCCAAAUACUUCUCCAAUCUGCCGCAAGGCUCCAAAUGUUUCCAAUGAUGUUAAUCAAUGUUUCAAUGUUAAUAACUCUGAUUAUUUUCCACAGAAAUUUAUACAGGGUUCUUUCCAUCAAUGUGAUGAGCGAUUUGGUUUCAACAGAAACAGACAAUGUGCGGUGAACAGCAUUACAGCAGUUAUGAUGAGUGUGUUGAAGCAUGUGCAGACAUGGACAACAGAUGACUUAAAUGCUGUUUUGUUGCAUGGUGAUAAGUUAUACACAUCUAUGUGCCAGCAGGGGAAGAUUAAUGACCAUUUACAGCGAGGAUAUGUUUCUGUUGCAGAACUACCAACAGUGCACACACUAUAUGAUACAAAUUUGUCAAUUAAGUAUUCUGAAUCUCUGAGUGGUGUUGUUGGUGUUGAUGUGUAUGAUGACUCAUUGCGUGAUGUUUGCAUGUCAAUUGAAGAAGCACUACAAAGAGCUUUGGUUCAGUCUGAUGCCUGUUUGUUAAACAUUCGAGACAACAUUUGUGCUGUCAUAAAAGUGGAGUCAGAAUUUGCUGUUGUUGAUUCACAUUCUCGUAAUGGUAAAGGGAACACCUUUUGA